AUGGCAAGGUGGUCCAUCGCUGACCUCGCUAGAAUGAAACGCGAGCUGGACUCGGAGUUCGAGCCAGAAGCCGAGCAGGUUCAGUCAAAGCGCCAGGCAGGUGAGGGCAAUGCUGUCGCGCCUGCGCCACUGGUGUUUCCGUGGACAACUUGCGAGGCCUUUGAUCAUGUCGAGCGCAUGAAGAUCAAGGAGGAUGCGCUGAAGAUUGCCGAAGACGGCACUGCCAAAGUCCGCAAGACACUGGAGUCCACCCUCCGCCAACUUCAACAAGGGAGUGGAAAUGCAGUAAUGGCUGGACAGCCACUCAUCGAGCGAUGGUUGAAAGAACACGCCGCGCUGGGCGAACAACACCAGAACCUCAAGAUUCUUAUCGGCGUCGAAGGUCCUACCGGAGCCGGCAAAUCUUCUUUCCUGGAUUCACUGCUCGAGAUUCCGGAGCUGUUCCCAUCGGGUCACCAGGGAGCCGCCACUGCGACUGUUGCAAAGGUCUCAUGGAAUUGGGAUGAUGCGCCUGGACAUCUGUUUCGUGCCAAGGUCACCUUCCAAAAACUCAGCGACAUCGGGGCAAUGUUUGAGUCGGUGCUGAAAGACAUCAAGUCUCUUUUAGAUCGUCAAGCUUCGCAGAACAAUGCUGAUCCGGACGAGGAAGCCGAGGCAAGGGACACCAUUGACUAUCGCAUCAAGUAUGAGAUGGCCAAGAUCAAGGCUGUCUGGGGCCUCGAGCGAGACUAUCUUGAGGCUGCUGUGCAACGACAAGGCGCUGUCGCAUCAUACAUGCCUCUGGUACAACAAAUUCUCAAAACGAACCCACGAGCUCAUCAAUACUUGCGCCAAGGCAUGAUUGAGUUCAAACGAUCAGUCUUGAAGGAUCUUCGAAGCGACGUCAAGCCAUUCAUGACUUCCAGAGCUUCCAAGUUUGGGUCAGAUCGAAUGUUUUCUAUUUGGCCUAUUGUCAAAGAUGUUCACAUGUUUGUCAAAUCUGAUAUCCUCAAGUCGGGAAUGACGCUUGUCGACCUUCCUGGAUGCAGUGAUUCGACACCUUCUCGCUCAGAGAUUGCGAAGAAGUAUUCACAUCGCCUGGAUGUGCGCUUGGUGGUUAGCCCCAUCAUGAGAGCUGCAGAUGAGAACCAAAGCCAGAUUCUCAUGCAGAGCGGCUUCGACGAAGCCCAGAUGAAGAUUCGUGGAAAAUAUGAUGGCCAUGGUUUCGGCAUCAUACUGUCAAAGACGGACCAUCUUUCUGUGGACGGAUACAUUUCGGACUUACUUGAGCAACAUCAUGACCCAGAAAUGAAAGACAAAUUCGAUCAGUUGAAGGGACUCACUGAAAAAAGGGCCAGGGUACAGAACGGAAUCAAAAAGCUUGCCAUCGAUAUCAAAAAGGCAAAGGUUGAUGAGAAGAAGGCACGAGACGCAUACUCCGAAGCUGCAAAGAACCAGACUAACCAGUCCCAAGAUGAUCCAGAGCUGUGCCGAAAGAACAUCGAGAAACUCCAAGCAAACGCCAGGGACCAAUUUGAAGCUGUCAAAAAGAUGUCGAGGCUGCUUGAGAAGGGCCGAGCGCGUGCGCAAGAACUCGGCCAGGAGAUUUUCGACAUCGACCACUGGCUGCACCAGCGAGCUAUCGAGGAACGAAACCGUUUUGUCAAGGCGCACAUCCAGGAGAAAUACGAUGCCAGACAGAGAGAGCUCAAUCGGACUGACCAGGGCAAUCAUGUACUUUCCAUGUUUCCUGUCUCUACCGAAGCGUUCUGGAAACUGGCAGAUGAUACUGCUUCAGUGAAAGGAUAUCCAACACUUGAGGCUACUGGAGUUCCGGCCGCACAGAGAUGGCUCCUCGAAGCAACUCUCAGCAAGCGUGAGAACCACUUGGACGAUAUGCUGAGCAAGUACCAGAAUCUCAUGGACUUGAUGAGAAUCUACUCCAACGAGAAAGGCCAGGAUGCAGACUUUAGUGUCACUCAUGACGACGUCCAGAAAGCUCUGGGUCCUGUCCAUCAGAGCAUUGCUGUUUCACUGAGUAUGCUCAUUUCCGCUGAGUCUGCCAAGAUUGACAUGCUUGAUCCUCUUAUGAAUCGAAGGAUGGCCGAGCGCAAGUUCAGGGCUGAGGCCAGCCGCAUUGCAACCAACUGGUCACUGAAGGAACCCAACAAUGAGAUGAGUGGUUUCAUGUACUGGAACACCUACGGUGCCAUCAUGAGGCGUGGCGGUGACGACUACACUUCGAAAGGCCAAACGUCUAUGACUUAUAGUUGGAUGGACGACAUGGCUUCUCCCGUUCUCAGAACAGUUUCAAAAGAAUGGGAUGAAGAGAUGAACCAGCAACUGCGCCGGAUCGGGGUUGCCAUGGAAUCUGCUUUCAAGAAAGGUUGGGCGCCCUACACAAAGAAACUCGAGCAAGCUAUCAGAGAGAAGUUCCCAGCCCUGGAGCUGAGCUUCCAAGACUUGAUAUCAAUGAUGUCAAGCAUUGAGCGCAUGUCCGUGAACAAGAUUCGCACCCACAUUGAAGACCUGUCCAGAGAAGCUUCCAUGGUAACGAUGGAUGCUAAAGCCUUCCUGAUGCGAGAAAUGAAACCAAUUUUCGACAAUGGUCUCAUGAUAACUGGAACUGGCUCAUAUGCGAAACGACGAGCGCAUAACGUGUCAGGCGUUGAGGGUCAAAGCGACACCAUGUGCUACCAGAUGACGGACUGUCUUAACGAGAAGCUUGAAGAAAAGAAGCGUGAGACCAGAACACGACUGGAUCUGGUUAUUCGUGAAAGUAUCAAGAACCUUAAGGAACGAGUGGACAGCCUAAUCGACAAUCUGAUUGACAACAGUCCAGCCGACAGUGGUUUAAAGCAGAAGAAAACUGAGCUUCAGGGACACGUCCGAGCCAACCUCCGCGACUGGGAGCAGAAAUGGCAGCAACAAGUGGCAGCAGAUAAGGAUGCCAACUCGGAGCCUGACAGCGACCAGGGUAGCGAUGGAGAGGACGACGACAUGGAGGACGUUGAGGAGGACGAUGAUGAUUCCUACAAUGACCUCGCGGAGCUCUUGGGAGACGACGAAAUGGAGUGA